AGGCACCGAAAGGGGGCAACAAAAAUGGAGGCCAUGUACCGCGUCCUCCCAAUCUCCUCCUCUGACACCAUACUUCGUAUACCCAGAAAACUCCAACUCUCCCUCUAUGCCUCCAUCCUCUUUCACAAAGACGGCAACUUUUCAGCCAAAAGCGCCGCUCCCAUUCUGCAUCGCUUCUCCGAUGGCGUUCGCAGAAGAGCCACUGCAAAGGUCUCCGCUGGAUGGUUCUCUGGAUUCACCGUGAAGAAAGAUGCCCUUCCGGAAAUCGUCAAGGCUGGUGAUCCGGUCCUCCACGAGCCCGCCGCUGAGGUCCCCUUGGAGGACAUCGGGUCGGAUAAGAUCCAGAAGAUCAUAGAUGACAUGAUUGGGGUCAUGCGGAAGGCUCCUGGUGUCGGCCUCGCUGCUCCACAAAUUGGUAUUCCUUUGAGGAUUAUUGUUCUUGAAGACACAGAGGAAUACAUUAGUUAUGCUUCUAAGAAUGAAACUGAAGCACAAGACCGGCGACCUUUUGAUCUGCUGGUAAUAAUUAAUCCAAAGCUUGAGAAGAAGGGAAGCAAAACAGCUUUGUUUUUUGAAGGAUGUUUGAGCGUUGAUGGAUUUAGAGCUAUGGUCGAGCGGCAUCUGCAGGUUGAGGUCACAGGUCAUAGUCGUUUUGGCCAACCUAUCAAAAUUUCUUCGUCCGGUUGGAUGGCUCGCAUAUUACAGCAUGAGUUUGAUCAUCUGGAUGGGACUAUAUAUGUGGAUAAGAUUGUUCCAAGGACCUUCAGGAAAGUUGAAAAUCUGGAUUUGCCUCUUCCAGUAGGUUGCCCAAAGCCAGGUGUCUAUAAUCAUGGCUUGUGACCUAUGAAGCUAAAUUUUCUUAGGUAAUUGUUUUAGAAGGUUUAUAACAUUAAUGCUGAUUCAUUUGUUUCAUGCUUCAAAUUUUGUUUUAAUUGCUUCAGAGUGUUGCAAUAACUAAAUUUUGCUUUGGUUUUAUCUGCAAUUGUAAACUGUGACGAUUUUUCAUUCUUUACAAGUGAAUUCUUAGAUUGCAAAU